CCUGGACGUCGACGCCAACACUGGUUUCUGGGGCAACUUCUGCGUAGCUAUGUGACUAGCACCCGGAAGUAAUUGCCACCGCCAUCUUUUGGUGCAGAAGGUGACGGGAAACAGGCCGCAGACCUGAACUUCCAACCGUAUGUAGGCGAGAAGCCGGUGCCGAUACUCCCACUAUCCCACAAUGUCCCACUGGGCCCCAGAGUGGAAGAGGGCGGAGGCUAAUCCAAGAGACCUUGGGGCCAGCUGGGAUGUCAGGGGCAGCAGAGGCAGUGGCUGGAGAGGCCCCUUCGGCCAUCAGGGACCGAGAGCAGCAGGCUCCCGUGAACCACCACUCUGCUUUAAAAUAAAGAACAAUAUGGUUGGUGCGGUCAUUGGUUACAGUGGAUCAAAAAUAAAAGAUCUACAACAUUCGACAAACACUAAAAUACAGAUCAUAAACGGGGAAUCUGAAGCAAAAGUCAGAAUUUUUGGCAAUAGGGAAAUGAAAGCAAAGGCCAAAGCGGCUAUAGAAACACUUAUUAGAAAACAAGAAAGCUACAACUCAGAAUCCAGUGUGGAUAAUGCUGCAUCCCAAACCCCUAUUGGAAGAAAUCUAGGCAGAAAUGACAUUGUUGGAGAAGCUGAGCCAUUGUCAAAUUGGGGUCGCAUUAGGGCAGCAGUCGUGGAGCGCGAAAAGAGAAAAUGGGCAGAUCUACCACCAGUUAAGAAAAACUUUUACAUAGAAUCCAAAGCAACAAGCUGGAUAUCUGAAAUGCAGGUGAUUAACUGGAGAAAGGAAAAUUUCAACAUAAUGUGUGAUGACUUGAAAAGUGGUGAAAAGCGUCUCAUUCCAAACCCAACUUGUAGGCUUCAAGACGCUUUUCAGCAAUACCCUGAUCUUCUGAAAAGCAUAAUAAGGGUAGGGAUUGUAAAGCCAACGCCAAUUCAGUCACAGGCAUGGCCAAUUAUUCUACAAGGAAUAGAUCUUAUAGAAGUUGCACAAACCGGAACAGGGAAAACAUUGUCCUAUCUAAUGCCUGGGUUUAUUCAUCUUGAUUCUCAACCAAUAUCUAGAGAGCAAAGGAAUGGGCCUGGGAUGCUAGUCCUUACACCCACUAGAAAGUUGGCUCUUCACGUGGAAGCUGAAUGUUCAAAGUAUUCAUAUAAAGGUCUUAAAAGCAUUUGCGUAUAUGGUGGUAGAAACAGAAAUGGACAAAUAGAAGACAUUAGCAAAGGUGUAGAUAUCAUUAUUGCAACUCCUGGGAGGCUGAAUGACCUACAAAUGAAUAACUCUGUCAACCUAAGAAGCAUAACCUACUUGGUUAUAGAUGAGGCAGAUAAAAUGCUGGAUAUGGAAUUUGAACCCCAGAUAAUGAAGAUUUUAUUAGAUGUGCGCCCAGACCGACAGACUGUUAUGACAAGUGCAACUUGGCCAGAUACUGUACGUCAACUAGCACUUUCUUAUUUGAAAGAUCCUAUGAUGGUUUAUGUUGGUAAUCUGAAUCUAGUGGCUGUAAAUACACUGAAGCAAAAUAUAAUUGUUACCACAGAAAAAGAAAAACAAGCUCUCACCCAAGAAUUCGUAGAGAACAUGUCACCCAACGACAAAGUCAUCAUGUUUGUCAGCCAAAAACAUAUUGCUGAUGACUUGUCAAGCGACUUCAAUAUCCAAGGCAUAUCUGCAGAAUCAUUACAUGGCAACAGUGAACAGAGUGAUCGAGAGCGAGCAGUAGAGGACUUUAAAAGUGGAAACAUAAAGAUACUGAUUACAACUGAUAUAGUAUCCCAAGGUCUUGAUCUUAAUGAUGUCACACAUGUAUAUAAUUACGAUUUCCCAAGGAAUAUUGACGUAUAUGUACACAGAGUAGGGUACAUUGGACGGACAGGAAAGACUGGCACAUCAGUUACCCUCAUCACUCAGAGAGAUUCGAAAAUGGCCGGUGAAUUGAUUAAAAUUCUGGACAGAGCAAAUCAGAGUGUUCCGGAAGAUCUUGUAGUAAUGGCUGAGCAAUACAAGUUAAAUCAACAAAAGAGGCACAGAAAAACACGAUCAAGAAAACAUGGACAAAGACGCAAGAAGUUUUAUUUUUUAAGUUGAAAAGUUGUACCAGGCUACUGGAAGAUUCCAGGCAUGUUAAAGAUAUGCAGUAUUGAAUAUAUGUAAGGAAGUAUUGGAAACAUACUAGCCAUUUGAAGACAUAACUAAUUCUUAAUUAAUACUGCUAAACUUUCAA